UACUGCAACAAUAUACUCCAUUACGGAGUAAGUAAUUAUUUAAAAGAAGAAAAAAAGAAACAGAAAAAAGUGGUGGGUGCUGAUAGGAUGAUGGAUUUGGGGAAUAGAGUGCUGAACAUGGUGUUGCCGCCGGCGAGCCUGGUGAUUCUGGCGUUUGCAUGGCCGGCUCUGAUUUUCAUAGGCGCGUGCGAACGGCUUUGGAUUGCUUUGUUCGGGGAGGAGAUGAUGGAGGACAAGGUCGUCAUCAUCACCGGAGCUUCUUCCGGCAUAGGGGAGGACAAAACUGUACUGAGGACUAUGGGGGACUUGAUUGGUAUUGAUGAAACAGCUUUUGACCAACUCACCCCACAAAAACUAAACCAUGUCUUCUUAACUUAUGAGAUGGUCAUGGGUGAGCAAAUUGCAUAUGAGUAUGCCAAAAGGGGAGCCAAUCUUGUGUUAGUUGCAAGGAGGGAGAACAGACUGCGGGGAAUAAGUGAGAAUGCAAGGCUGCUGGGUGCCAAGAAUGUGUUGAUCACAGCCGCAGACGUUGUCAAGGAACAAGACUGCACGAGAUUCAUCACCAAGACAGUCAACUUCUUUGGCCGCGUUGAUCAUCUGGUAAAUACAGCAAGCCUGGGACAUACGUUUUACUUCGAGGAAGCCACAGACUCUUCUGUGUUUCCUAUUCUAAUGGACAUAAACUUCUGGGGAAAUGUUUAUCCGACAUAUGUAGCCCUCCCAUAUCUUCGCCAACAUGGAGGUCGGAUCGUAGUGAAUGCAUCGGUGGAGAAUUGGAUGCCUUUGCCAAGAAUGAGCUUAUACUCUGCAGCAAAAGCCGCGCUGGUGAAUUUCUACGAGACACUUAGGCUGGAGGUGGAAGACAGCAUUGGGAUCACAGUCGCGACACAUGGUUGGAUCGGCACUGAAAUGACGAGGGGAAAAAUCAUGGUGGAGGAGGGCGCAGAGAUGCAGUGGAAAGAAGAAAGAGAAGUAUUGGAUCAACCCCCAUAACCUAACUACGAUAUUCAACCAUAUUCAAGCGAAUAAAGCUAGGGUAACCUC